AUGAGGAUACGUUGGGAUGGGAGCGGAGCCAAUGGCUGGAGGCCCUUUUUUACACGCUCCUUCGCCCAUCCCGGACUCUCCAGCGUGCAGCCAGAAGAGCUGGUAUACCGACACUCGGACAAAGCGACCGCAGUCGAGCUGCAAGAGAGGCUGGAGAAGCUGCUGCGCGACAAGCUGAUGGAGUGGCGCCCCCACCGGCCCACCCGCUGGAACCGCUACUGCACCAGCGCCCUCAAGCACUUCCUGCCCAGUCUGGAGCAGGGCGCCAGCGGCCCAGGCGGCAACGCCGGACGCGAUCUGGCGGAGGGUCACCGGCACGAACUGCAGAACCUGCUGGGUGACAACCGGAUUUCGGGGUUCCCGCUGCACAUGGCUUUCUCGGAAAUGGGUCCCGUGGUGGAGGCGGUGCACAGCACGGGGGUGCACACCAUUCAGACAGCCAACGUGGAAUUCGCCUUGGCCGUCUACGUCCACCCAUACCCCAACAACGUACUCUCUGUCUGGGUGUACCUCGCUUCUCUCGUGCGUGCCUGACAGGCACACAAACCAGCAAGAAA